AUGCCUGCUCCUACCACCCCCGCCCCCGCCCCCGCCGAGCAGACCAAGCCUGUCAACCCCCUUAACCCCAAGGGCCUCAAGCCAUGCUGCGCUUGCCCCGUCACCAAGUCGGCGCGUGACGACUGCUUCAUCAAGUACAACUCGGACGAGGCGGCCGUCAAGUGUGCCGACUUGAUAGACCAGCACAAGGCGUGUAUGCGCGGCUAUGGGUUCAAGGUUUAA